UUCUGGCAGAGAACUUUUCUUCGACAUGUCACGCUUUUCUCUCCACGAAGUGACGCGAACCAACAAGAGAGUCUCUGUAAGGUCGCUCGACUUAAACCAGUCAUUCAAAAAGGGAUAAGAAAACGUUGUACAGUAUUGUAGAUCUUGAUGUAGAAAAGAAGUGAUGGUCACAGGUGGAAUGCUUUUGAUCAUAAGUCCAUUUCGUCAGGAAUAAAUAACAACAAUCUAUUUCAUAACCUCUGCAAAUGGCAAUUAUCAUCUGAUUGGUUCGUUGACAGUGACGUCAACAUAGUACGAAUUUCAAAUUUCGUACAAAACUUGUCGCUGUUUUCGGAGAACAAUAACAUACAGCCACUUAAGGAUGACAGAACCAACAGUCUACCUAUUCUCUGAUUGGGAGAUAGAAAACAUUGAAUCUAUACUCACUGAGUUGGUUAAAGAUAUCACCUCUAAUGGCAAUAAUGAUUUUGUCAUCAUUGAUGCCAAACACUGCCUUGAAGGAAAUAUUCCUGCUGCCACAACCCUCUCAAGUUAUUUAAUGGACACUUACCGAAUGUUUGGUAAUGCAAAGAAUGCAUGGAUGACUGUUCUUAAUGCUGAUGAUGAGCUGUGUGCCUUGCAGCUGUGCCUGGCUGACAUGAAUAUGCAGACCACUGGGGACUUUGAUGUUCCAGUUAGUGAUGUAUUAACUGCACUUCAGAAUGUGCAGCAAAGAAAACUAGCUGCAUUUGCUGAAGAUGGCUUUCUGAGUGAAAAUCCCGACUCUCUUGUAUCCUCAGAUGAGGAUGUUUUCAGUAAAUACCAACAAUUUUUGAACACUUGUAACUAUGUUGACUUUUAUGACAUCUUCAAUUUCUACCAGAAAUGUUCUAAUACAAAGGAUGCCCAUUUAAUAUGCAUGACUCAAAAGUCCUUCAUCCUUUUGGGUUUACCUAUUCAUCUAGUUGAGAAAGCCAUGGUACAGUUUCUAUGUUCCACAAGGAAAAUCCUUCAGAUUGUCAGUGAAAAUUCCCUUAUUGAUGAUUCUAAAGAUGUGAAAUUCCAUUACAAUCAAGUGACAUCUGUGGCUGCUCUUUAUGAGGACAAACUCCCAGUUAGAACCCCAAAAGCUGUGUCCAGUAAAUUAUCAUCCACACAUAGGUAUAUUUACCAGGUAUUUUAUUCCUACCUUGAUCUCUUGGUCAAUUCCCGCAGCCAGAUAAGUCUGGCCCGUGUCCUUAAUGUUCCUGACCGAGGACUUGACCAUCAGGCUUUUACUGACCUCAAACGUGAAGCCAAGAAAAGUGGAUUGCCUAUGUAUCAGCAAGCUGUUUCGUUUAUAAUGAAGCUGAGACUUGGAGGUAAGGGCUAUGCUCCUGACUCAACCAGCCAUCUAAGAAUGCAUGUGAAGGGUUUGUCACAGUUUAUCGACCUCCUGCAUAAACUACAAACUGUUAUUGAAGAGGACCAAAAUGUCAGAUCAGCCUGUCAAAGAGUAAUUAAUAUUAUCAAGAACACAAUUUUGAAAAGUAAAGAGAGUUUAUCUAAAAAACCAGCUCUAGAGACAGCUGCUGAACAACUUCAAUCUGAUAUAAGUGCUGUGGUAGAUAUUCUGGAGAAGACUACAUUGGAGAGCCCAUGCAAGCCAGCUAAUCAGGGUGGCUCUCUUUGUGGCCGAAAGAGUUUACAAGUGUUACAGAAAGUUCUAGACAAAGCUGUACUAAAUUCACUUGGUAUGCAUUCACUAAAUGUGCUGUCUGAUAUUCUAUGUACUCAAGGUACACCAAUCCGAUUUCCAUCUUUAAUUUCCCAAUUCAGGUCUCCAGAUCCAGAACUAGACAUAGAAGAAGAAAAACCUCUUGCACAACGUCUUUCACAACAUAAAACCGAACAAAAUGCUUUGCUGAAUACCAACAAGUCUCACUUUGAUUGGGCAUCUAAUAGCCCUAAUAAUCAGAUCCCAAUCACUGAAGUAAAGCAUAUUUUACCAAGUAAGACCUUGAUGUACCCAGCUAGUGGCAAAAAGACAGCUUUUGCCAAACUCACACCAUCAAAUAGUACCAAAGAUAAAGAGAAUGAUCCUAGUAUAUUGGAAGCUGCUCAAGAUAUAUUAUCACCUGUCACUCAACCUUCCAAAAAAAGUGAGGCAACUAAACGCAAAAAGGAAUCAGACCCAAAAAAAGCAAAGCAAAAAUGUCGCCGGAAACUCUUACCACAGAUUAAAGGGCAAACAGCUUUAACUGCAUUUUUCAAGCACUGAUAUGUAUUUCUUAGCUAUGGUUAAUGAUGUUCAUUUAUUGAGUAUAUCACUGGUAAAGGCAAAAAAGCUUUGUUUAAAAAUCUUUUAACAUCAAAUUGAUGUUACAAAAGAAAUGUAUUUGAAUCCAUUUCCUCGUGCAGUAAUGGAUGAUUUGUUUCUCUUUUUUAUCUAGUUAAGAAAAAAAAAAUCUUAAAAUUUUCACCGUUGCACUUGUAAAAGGGCAUUUAAUACAUGGAUGACAGUUAAAGAAAUCAGUCUACCUGAACUCAUAGGUCUUACAUCUACUGCCCACAAACACAUCUGCAACACUGCAGUCUGCUAUACAAAUAUCUUCUUAAAAUCACCCAAUAUAUACAGAUAUCAAAAUAAUUGCAACUGAUUACUACAAUAAGUUAAAUUCUUCUACACUUUCCUUCAAAUGUGUAUUGAAAAAUUAAUUUGUUUGCAGACACACAAUGUAAAUUGUAUAAUUCAAAUUGUGAAAACUUUUAUCAGACAGGAAGAAAUUUGGAAUGUUUUGAUAUUGGAGCAAUAAUUUCACAAGUUUGCAGCCAAACAGACAAUAUUUUCUCUUUCUUAGUCUCAGACUAAGCACAAGAAGCUGGAACAUUAAUUUUCUUAAUUGUUCACAGCAACCAACCUUACCAAACUCUUCUAUGAAGUCACAAACAGAAUAAUUUUUGUUAUUGGAGACCAUCAUCAAUAUUUUUAGAUUCUGGGUUUUAUCCAAUAAUUUACUGCUAAGUUAAAAUUGUGAUAUGUAAAAUGAAAAGACUUGAAAUGAUGACGGAGUGGAUGUGAAAAUUAGACUCAAGUAAUGAACUGGAUUGUGAGUCAGAUAACAGCUUGUAAUAAGACAUUCUAGUUGAUGAGAGAUAACUCUUAUUCAAGUCUCCUUAAUAUAUCAGGUGUAUACAUGAAAUCUUUGGAAUGGCAGGAAAAAUGUGACUUAUGUCUCGAAUAUGUUUUUAAUCAUAGAAAAAGAUGAAAGAUGAGGUGAGCAAAAUAUUUUUCUUUAUCAAAAUCUGGUCAAAUCUUGUAAUGUGAAAAUACAAAUGAUUAUAAAUAUAUUAUUUAUUAUAAAGUGUUAUACCAACCAACUUAUUUUUUUUAUUUCCCAUCACUUGCAAAUGUGUAUUAUGUCAUAAAUAUUAUACAUACACUCUUACAUACACACUCAAUUACCUAUGUACAGUUGUUCUUAAUCCAUUAUCCCUAACCUAUAACAAAAGGGAAAAGAGUUAGCCAAUGAAUAACAAACUUUUGCAGAGUAUGAAAGAAUGGAGCAGAAGGGAAAAGUAUUGUCCAAGUGUGAGUAGAUGUACUGAUUGCACUCUCAUUUCAACUUGCAUCUUUGCUACAUCUUAGAGGAUGAUGUCUUUAAUAUUUUUCAAAUUAUCACUCUAAAUACUCAAAUAUGAAUCUUUUUUUCAAGAUAGAGAGACCAAUACAAUAACAAUUUAAUAUAGUUGCUAGUUUAUUCUAGUAUUUUUUUUCCUUUUUGGUUGUUCUACAGAUAAGUUUAUCUUGUUACAAAUUAGCAAUAGAGCAGCCAUUUUGAGAUCAUUCGGUCACUCAAGUACACUAAUUGGCCCAGCCAUUUCAACUGGUGAUUCUUAGCUGGCCUACAGAGAACAUUGUGAUAAGACCGUCUCAAAGGCCAGCAGAUUUAUGCCUAAGGUCUAUACUAGAUUUGGAGUAGACACGGCUAUUUAAAAGCUGAAGUGCCUUGUCUUCAUCUAGACAUUUUUAACUGAUAGUGGUAUGAAUAUCAUUGGUUGUUAUUGGGGUAGGACUUGCUAACAAGCUUAUAUAUUGCUAAAAUCUGUCUACUAUUCAUUUAGAUUACUAUUAAUAAAAUAUUUCGAUAAGUAUAAAGAAUCUUUUACUCACAUUGAGAAAACCUCGACAGUUCUAAAAGAUAGAAUAAGAUUAACAAAGCAGGGUACAUUACAUGAAAUAUUACACAUACUACAUAUAUAUACCAAUCAUCAUUUAAUGUCUGUGUUUUGUACUGGCUCAAGUUGGACCAUGUUUUGUCACAACUUUUUUUUCUACCUUACCAAUUUUGACAGUUUGCAAGAUUAGAUUUUCCUCAUUUAGAUCUUUUAUGAAAUCUUAAUUAUACUAAUUUUUUUAAAAUAACAUAUGACAGCUUAAAAAUGAAUUUUGGCAUUACUUGCAUUGCUCAUAAGUUUUUCUAUUGCUUCAAUUUUGAUACAGUUUACCUAAGUAGAUUCCUUUUGUUAUCCUUCAACUAAACUUAAUUAUACUAAAUUGCCUUUCAAAAUAAGAGAUAU